AUGGAAAAGGAGAAAUGCUAUUUUGGUAUUGAAACGAAGACGGAGAAUUUGGUAGUUCUUCCGAAAUCCAAAUCACCGUCCAAGUAUCAGAGAACACUUGCAGUCGACGUACUCAUCUCCAUCGCCGAUCUCCGUCGCUCUUCUGCUAGAUCUCUGCGAUCAGAUCACUUACAGAAGCCAAACAAUAACCUAUGGGGACUGAAAAUCCCAACCAUGCAAAUAACUAUCCAAGGCCAGCUGCUACACCUUUUGCCCCUCCUCAAAGCAACACACCUUUUUCAUCAUCUCGUCCAGUAGCUAGCUCUGCUUUCAGGCCAAUGUCUCCCCCAAGUACAGCUCCAUCUUUUCCUUCUGGGCCUGUGGUUGGGCCAGAAGCUCCUGGUUUUAGACCCAUGCAAACUGCUAGACCUACUCCUCCAUAUGGCCCACCAACCACCGGACCUUUCCAGCGGUUCCCAACUCCACCAUUUCAGGCACCUCCACCACGUACUUCACCUGUUGGACAACCAAUAUUGCCUCCAACAACAAUCAGACCUCCAAGCUUCCAAAAUCAUCAGCCCCAGAUACCACCACCAAUGCCUAUGGGUUCUCCACCUCAAACCAUGAAUGGUAUGCUUUCCAAUUCAAAUAUGCAGCAACCCCAACCGUCAAUGGGGCCAGCUCAUCCUGCUGCUGUCCGUGCCACCUCAUCAUCUCCUUGGCCUGGCUAUCUGGGUAUGCAGAGUAACACAGCAACCCCAACAGCACCAGGAGGUUAUGCUCCACCUCAGCCCACCACAUCCGCCCCCUUUCAAGGUGGUUAUGGACCAACACCAACCCCACCGGGAGGCUAUGCUCCACCUCAGCCCACAACAUCUGCCCCCUUUCAAGGUGGUUAUGGACCAACCCCACCCCCACCAGGAGGCUAUGCUCCACCUCAGCCCACCACAUCUGCUCCCUUUCAAGGUGGUUAUGGAUCAACCCCACCGGUUGCAUCUCCUCUAGGAAUGUAUGUAGGAGGGCCCACACCUCCAACGGGAGGUAUGCAAGGAUUGGUAGAAGACUUCAGCUCACUUUCUAUUGGGUCAGUCCCAGGAUCUUUUGAUGCUGGGCUUGAUACUAAAGUGUUGCCAAGACCAUUAGAUGGUGAUGUGGAACCAAGUUCUUUUGCUGAAAUGUAUCCAAUGAACUGCAAUUCUAGAUAUCUGAGGCUUACAACUAGUGCCAUACCAAAUUCUCAGUCUCUUGUUUCCAGGUGGCACUUGCCUCUUGGAGCAGUUGUUUGUCCACUGGCAGAAGCUCCUGAAGGGGAGGAAGUGCCAAUUGUUAAUUUUGCCACAACAGGCAUUGUGCGUUGUAGAAGAUGUCGUACAUAUGUGAACCCGUAUGUGACUUUUACUGAUGGUGGAAGAAAGUGGCGAUGCAAUAUUUGUGCUUUGCUCAAUGAUGUGCAAAAUGACUAUUUUGCCCAUUUGGAUGCCACCGGAAAAAGAGUUGAUUUAGAUCAACAUCCUGAGCUUACAAAGGGUUGUGUGGAAUUCGUUGCUCCAGCUGAAUACAUGGUGCGGCCACCAAUGCCACCACUAUAUUUUUUCUUGAUCGAUGUGUCAAUAUAUUCCGUUAAAAGCGGAAUGCUUGAGGUGAUUGGACAAACCAUCAAGUCUUGUUUGGAUAAGUUGCCGGGCAGCACCAGAACACAGAUUGGGUUCAUAACUUUUGACAGCACAAUUCAUUUUUACAAUAUGAAGUCAUCUUUGACACAACCUCAAAUGAUGGUUGUCUCUGAUUUGGAUGAUAUAUUUAUUCCGUUGCCAGAUGAUCUCCUUGUGAACUUAUCAGAAUCGAGAACUGUGGUGGAUGCAUUCUUGGAUAGCUUGCCAUCCAUGUUUCAGGACAAUGUGAAUGUGGAAUCUGCUUUUGGGCCUGCACUUAAAGCAGCUUUCAUGGUUAUGAGUCAACUGGGAGGGAAAUUGUUAAUUUUUCAAAGUACUCUUCCAUCACUUGGUGUGGGUAGGUUAAGGUUGCGAGGAGAUGAUAGAGAAUACCAGAAGAUCCUUUUUAUAAACAAAUGGCUGCUGAUUUUACCAAGUAUCAAGUUGCAGUCAAUGUUUAUGCCUUUAGUGACAAGUACACUGAUAUAGCUUCGCUAGGUACUUUGGCGAAAUACACAGGUGGUCAGGUCUAUUACUAUCCAAGCUUUCAUUCUGCCAUCCAUAAAGACAAAUUGAGACAUGAGUUGGCUAGAGACCUCACUAGAGAAACUGCUUGGGAAGCUGUAAUGCGCAUCAGAUGUGGGAAAGGAGUUCGUUUCACUUCAUAUCAUGGGAACUUUAUGUUAAGAUCCACGGAUCUAUUAGCACUUCCGGCUGUUGACUGCGACAAAGCUUAUGCAAUGCAGUUUGCUCUUGAAGAGACGUUACUCACAACUCAGAUUGUCUAUUUCCAAGUUGCUCUAUUACACACCUCAUCUUCGGGUGAAAGACGUAUCAGAGUACACACUGCUGCUGCAUCAGUGGUUGCUGAUUUAGGAGAGAUGUAUCGCCAGGCAGAUACCGGUGCCAUUGUUUCUUUGCUUGGUAGAUUAGCGAUUGAAAAAUCUUUGUCGUACAAACUGGAGGAGGCGCGUAACGCGAUCCAGCUAAGAAUCGUGAAAGCCCUUAAAGAAUACCGAAAUCUGUAUGCGGUUCAACACCGUGUGGGAACACGCAUGAUCUACCCAGAGUCAUUAAAAUAUUUACCUUUAUACGGAUUGGCUUUAUGUAAAUCAACAGCACUUCGUGGUGGGUAUGCUGAUUCACAGCUUGAUGAAAGGUGUGCAGCUGGUUUCACCAUGAUGGCUUUGCCUGUUAAAAAGAUGUUAAAGCUUUUGUAUCCUAGUUUGUUACGUGUAGACGACUAUCUUGUCAAGCCGAGUGGACAUGGUGAUGAGUUUGAGAAAGUUUGUAGAAGACUGGCACUUGCUGCAGAGAGCUUGGAUUCUCGAGGGAUUUAUAUAUAUGAUGAUGGUUUUCGUUUGGUUGUGUGGUUUGGUCAAAUGCUGUCCCCUGAUAUUUCCAGGAAUCUGGUUGGGGAAGAUUUUGCUACAGAUUUCUCAAAGGUAAGUCUUGGAGAACGUGAUAAUGAGAUGUCAAGAAAGCUGAUGGGGAUACUAAAGAAACUUAGAGGUGCGGAUGCGUCAUAUUAUCCUUUAUGUCAUCUUGUGAGACAAGGGGAACAGCCUCGUGAAGCUUUCUUUUUGCUUUCAAAUCUUGUUGAGGAUGCGGUUGGUGGUAUGAAUGGUUACGUUGACUGGAUACUUCAGAUACACCGAUCAGUCCAACAAUAAUCCAAUCAGGAAAAAAGUUUGCAAUUGGUUUUACUACUUAACCAAGAGCAGAAGCAGAUUUUGAGGUAAAAUUGGGUGGGGGAAGAGAUGUAAUAUCCCUACAACCUUUUUGGCUUGGUUGAUUGUUACAAGAAGAAGAAGAAGUUGGUUCCAUAGAAGAAAAGAGAAGAGAAGAGAGAGAGAAUGCUUAUGUCAAAGCUUUCGUAGACUAGUGCUAUAUUUUUCCAAAAACCCAUUCUAUAGUU